AUGCCCCAGCAAUAUCUCACAGACUCACAGACAAGCAACGGAGAUUAUACAAGUCCAUUUCCUCUCACAUUCAAUCCAAAGAAUAUCAUCACCAUGCAGCUUCUCUCCAUCCUCCCCAUCGCAGCUUUGGCUGGUACUUCCCUCGCAGUACACUGGAACGUGACCCUCUACACCGACACCGAGUGUACCGAAUAUAAGUGGUCAUACGCCGGAAACCAGAGUUACGGGUGCUACUCGCUUGAAACAUACAACCCAACCAUUCAGUCUAUCAGGGCUGAGAUUCCCGACGAUUGGGUUUUCGAUGGAGCGAGCGGUGGUGCUUGCAAUAACUUUCACACUUUCGGGGGCUCGGGAUGCUGGACUCAGGGUCAAGGCUUCAAGUCUUUCCAAGUAUACCCGCAGGCAAGCUGA